AUGGUUCCACUGUGGGUGGAAGAAGGAUCUGAAGACAAUGAGGAGGGUGGGCGGUCACGACGGGCCCCUUCAGAGCAUGGGGCAAGAUGGCGCGCUCGACACCUCGAGCGGGUCGGUCAUUUGGACCGACGGCGCGGCGGCGGCGUGGUAGGCCGCUGGGUCCGCGCCGCCGCCGCGGGGCCAGGUCGACCCCUGGUACGGCUCAAGCCGUGCCUGUCAGUCUGCCAGCUGGUCGAGCAACACUGCCCUUACUUUUUGCCCGCGGACCGCGCACCAGCCUAUCCCACGCAGUAUGCAGGCGAACCCACGUUCCUAUGUCUCGAUCCGCGAAUACCAGAGACGGGUGCUCAGGCGAACAAGUCCAACUACGGGCCUGACGACUGUUGCUACUGGUACUGUGAAGGCCGACUCUGCUACCACUGCGAGUCUCGGCUUAGCGAGCCAGAGCGGCCCGCAGCAGAGCAGUGCACACCAGUAGUCGAGCGAACUGCCACCUGCUCUGUGCCAUAUCAGGCGCCGGCCGCCGCCACUUGCCCGAGGCCCUCCCUUCUCGCCCUGGCCCUUCUCACAACCCUAGCUGCUGUCGUGCGGACUCACUGGACAUUUGUACCUCUAGUGAAUGUGCGUGAAUCGAGGUUAUAG